AUGUCAGUACCAUGGACAUUGCCCUGUUUAGAGCCAAAAGAUAAGAAACGUAAAGAAUGCAGAAAUAGAGACUCUGGACACAAUACAAAUGACAAAAUGAAGAUGAAGCAAGAAAUUACACUGUUUAACGGAAUCUCCUUAAUAGUUGGAAACAUGAUUGGAUCCGGAAUAUUUGUCUCACCAAAAGGUGUCCUGAUGUACAGUGCCUCAUUUGGACUUUCACUUAUUAUCUGGGCCCUCGGAGGAAUAUUUUCCAUGUUUGGUGCAUUAUGUUAUGCAGAACUGGGGACAUCAGUCAUGAAAUCUGGGGCCAGCUAUGCUUAUAUAUUGGAGGCAUUCGGUGGAUUUAUUGCUUUCAUCAGGCUUUGGUCGUCCUUAUUAAUUAUAGAGCCUACUACACAAGCCAUUAUUGCAAUAACAUUUGCUAAUUAUAUUGUACAACCAAUUUUUCCAUCUUGUCAACCACCAUAUGAAGCUGUUAGAUUAAUAGCAGCAGCUUGUGUCUGUACCUUAACAUUUAUUAAUUGUGUCCAUGUGAAAUGGGGAACAAGAGUACAAGAUGUAUUCACUUACGCAAAGAUUCUGGCCCUUCUCAUGAUCAUUUCUGUUGGUCUUGUGAAACUCGGACAAGGUGAAAUGGAUAACCUAAAAGCUCCUUUUGAAGGCUCUACAACUAAUGUUGGAUCUAUGGCACUUGCCCUUUAUUCUGCACUGUACUCUUACUCAGGAUGGGAUACAUUAAAUUUUGUGACAGAAGAAAUGAAGAAUCCUGAAAGGAAUCUUCCCCUUGCUAUCGCGAUUUCAAUGCCUAUCGUCACAAUAAUAUAUUUACUGACUAAUGUAGCAUAUUACGUUGUAUUAAAUAUGCCAGCUGUUUUAACCAGUGAUGCUGUAGCUGUGACAUUUGGUAAUGAAGUUCUUGGCUAUGCCAAAUGGCUGAUUCCCAUUGCAGUGGCAAUGUCUUGUUAUGGAGGAUUAAAUUCUUCAAUAAUUGCAGCAUCAAGGUUAUUCUAUGUUGGAGCAAGAGAAGGUCAUCUACCUGCCAGUCUCAGUUUGAUUCACUUCGAAAACUUUACACCAGUACCUGCUCUUCUCUUUAAUGGUCUAAUGGCUAUCAUGUAUCUGCUUGUGGAAGAUGUCUUUCAGCUAAUUAACUACUACAGCUUUAGUUACUGGCUGUUUGUGGGACUGUCUGUUGCUGGAUUAAUAGUUUUGCGGGUUACCCAACCUGAGCGAUCACGCCCGGUGAAGGUCAGCCUUUUCUUCCCGCUGGUUUAUUGCCUCUGCAGUCUUUUUCUCGUUAUAGUCCCAAUCUAUUGUGAUGCAAUUAAUUCAUUGAUUGGCAUCGGGAUUGCUCUUUCUGGCAUUCCAGCCUAUUUCUUAGGAGUUUACUUGCCUGCUGCAAAGAGGCCACGAUUUUUUUCUCAGCUCUGUGAAUCUUUAACAAAAUAUACGCAAAUAUUGUGCAACUGCUGCCUGACAGAUCUGGAUGAUGAAAGAGAAGAAAUGAAAACAUAAAACCCUGUUCCAUUGCCCCAGAAUACUUCCUUUUAGAAUAAGCAUCAUUCAUUGAAGUAUUACACUGUAUAUAGUUUACAAUGUACUUAUUCUUUAUUUCAUGAGCCAUAGUUGGUCUCAAGUGUGAAAUAUAUCAUGUUACAUCUUGUUACUUUUUAUUUUCCUCUAAGCUCUCAUGCCAAUAUUCUUCAAGAACCAAAUGUAAUAAAAUAUUUUUAUGUGAAACCGGCUUUUCCUUCACAAAAGAA